CUGGGCACCGUACCGAGGAGAGGACAGGAGCCAUGGUCGUGUUCUCAGCACUGCAUUUACUCUAUUUCUUACUGUUUCUAACAUCCACACUCGGCCAGCUGAGGCCGGGUCCGCGCGGAGCUCCUGGGCUGCCGGGGCCACCAGGACCCCCAGGGAAAGAUGGCAUCGAUGGUAAAACAGGCCCUGCUGGACUUCCCGGAAAGCCUGGUCCGAAAGGAAAAGCAGGUAAAGCGGGCGCUGCUGGAAGCCCAGGACUGCCAGGCCUGCCCGGUGUGGAUGGUUUGACUGGUCCAGACGGUCCCGCUGGCAAAGAUGGACCACCAGGAGCACCAGGUGACUCCGGACCCCCUGGACCCGAUGGACCCCCUGGCAGAGGGAGGCCAGGAGCUCUGGGUCUCGCUGGAGCCAAUGGUCUUCCAGGAGGAGCGGGACCCCAGGGUCCGCCGGGUCCUGAGGGUCUGCCAGGACUCCCUGGUCUCCCAGGCACAGACGGACCUCCUGGACUUCCAGGAACUCUUCCUGAAGGCAGUGGAGAUCUUCUGUGUCCUGCCAUCUGCCCUCCGGGUCCUCCUGGACCUCCAGGAAUGCCUGGAUUUAAGGGUCAUACAGGCCAUAAAGGAAGUAAAGGAGAGUUGGGGAAAGAUGGUGAGAAGGGGGAUCAGGGCCCGCCGGGUCCACCAGGAGUCCCAGGAACUGUGGGAUUACAGGGCUCUCGGGGGCUGAGAGGGCUGCAGGGUCCGGUCGGAGCAGUAGGAGACAGAGGAAUACCUGGUUCCAGAGGAAAGCCUGGAAUUGCUGGCAUUAUUGGGAAAACCGGGGAUGUUGGAGAAAAAGGACCUCAAGGUUUUAAAGGGCCCAAAGGAGAGAUAGGGAAAAUAGGCCCCAAGGGCGUGCCUGGAGGUGCAGGACCUAAAGGAGAACCUGGGAUCCCUGGCAGGGACGGGAAGGAUGGAACUCAAGGCCUGGAUGGUGAAAAGGGAGAUGCGGGCAGAGCUGGAGUGGCUGGUGAGAAAGGGCCCAAUGGUCUGCCUGGUUUGCCUGGUAAAGCAGGAGCAAAAGGAGCCAAAGGAGGAGUCGGUAAUCCAGGAGAGAUGGGAGAAGCGGGGCCGUCUGGAGAGCCAGGUAUACCUGGUGAGAUCGGCAUCCCUGGAGAGCGAGGAGAGGCCGGAGGCAGAGGUGUGGCUGGUGGCGUUGGAGUACCUGGAAACACUGGACCACAAGGUGUGAAAGGAUUCCAGGGUGUGAAAGGAGCUUUGGGAGAUCCAGGUCUGCCUGGUCCAACUGGAAUCAGAGGCGGGUUUGGAGAGCGGGGACCAGGUGGAGCUGGAGGACCUAAAGGAGACAUGGGAGUUGCUGGAAGUGAUGGUCUGCCGGGAGAGAACGGAGAGCCUGGUCCGUAUGGUCCUGUCGGACAGAAGGGAGAGCCUGGUAAACAUGGUGAACUCGGAUCCAAAGGAGUCGUAGGACCCCAAGGAGAGACCGGAGCUAGAGGAGUGCCCGGAAAACCAGGACCGAUGGGACUGCAGGGAGAACAGGGCUUCCCCGGGGUUGCCGGAAAAACAGGAGUUCCUGGCAAGCUGGCGAGUGAGCAGCACAUCAGGGAACUGUGUGGAUCAAUGAUUGAUGAUCAGAUAGCUCAGCUUGCCGCUAACCUGAGAAGACCUCUGGCUCCUGGGGCUGUGGGACGCCCUGGACCCCCUGGACCUCCUGGAGAGCAAGGAGAAGUGGGAUCUAUUGGCCACCCUGGAUCCCUGGGCCCACCAGGAUAUAGAGGACUGCCUGGAGAUCUGGGUGAUCCUGGUCCUAGAGGGGACGUCGGUGAGGCAGGUGAUAAGGGGCCGAUUGGUAAAGCAGUUGAAGGGCCCACUGGAGACCAGGGUGACCACGGUCUGCCUGGUGUGGAUGGCAUCAUUAAAGAUGGCCGUGACGGAGCUCCUGGAGACCCGGGAGAGUCCGGAGAGCCAGGCAGAAGCGGCCGACCGGGACACCAGGGAUCGCCGGGAAUCUGCGACACAACAGCGUGUCAGGGCGCUGCACCUCACGGGAAAUCCUCCAACCCCAAGAACCAUUAACCAAAAUAAUAACAAUUCCAGGAGUGCUUUUGGAGGAAAACAGAACUGAAGAAGAGUCAGCGGAUCCCGAUCAGCACUGCAGAUCUGAGCAGAUACUGAUUCAGGGGAGUCUUCAAGAGCGUCAAAACGUGUAGAUACAACCAAAGACUGAUUCAUCACACUGUGCUGAUGUAGAAGAAAUAUAUGUACUUAUAUUUCAGUCAUCAACAACAUGGUUAGCAGUGUCUUUGUGCAGCACAAUUUCAAGUGUAAUGAAGUGCAACUCUGAGCUUCAUGAGGGAUUUUACGGUGUCUACACUGCAAAAUACUCUUCAUUAUGUUGAGUUUUAGUCUUGUUUACUGUUUAAAGAAUUAAUCAUUCUUAAAUCAAGAAGCAUUUUUUUGACAAUUAAAACAUAUAGUGCUGUUUUCAGAAAUAAUGAGUCAAAAUGAAGAGAGAUUUUCCUUAAAACAAGCUAAAUAAUCUGCCUAUAGGGUUAGCUAAAUAAUGUUAUUUCAAAGCAAAAACUUGAUUAUUUUGUUUGUUUUAAGAAAAAACUCUCUUCAUUUAAAAUCAUUAUUUCUAAAAACAACACUAUAUGUUUGGCUUGUCUAGAAAAUGCUUCCAGAUUUAAAAAUAUUUAGAUAUUUAUACUAUAAACAAGACAUAAACUCUUAAGUAAUUCCGCAUUUAUUGCAGUGUACAAUAUGAGAAGCUGGAGCCAUCUAGAAAUGAACACAGAAACAUUGGAUGUAUUACUGCAAAUUGAUUUUCUUUGCCAUUUUCUUUGAUUUUUUUUUUAUUCUCAAUGAUUUCUUAAGCAUUUCGACAUCAACAUUGGAUUGAAGCAUUGGUUGCGAUGCUUCAGACACACUUACUGUAAAAUACGUCAUCAGACAUCAGUGGGCUUUAUCGACCCCAAUCCACUAGAUAUUGGUGCUGUAACUAUUAAAUAUGAUUUUAAAUACUAUUUAUUAUUUCUGAGUUACUGUUGUGUGUACAGUGAGGUUCUAUAGCAUGAUCAUUGUAAGAAAAACUGAAUAAAGCCACUUUUCAGGAAA